AUGGUAGACGAUUUAAGAAAACACCUCAAUCAUUUGCUUGAGAAAGUAAACGGAUUACAUUGUAUUUUAAUAACCGAUCGUGAUGGAGUUCCCGUAGUGAGAUCUGUGACUGAGAAAGCCCCGCAACUGGCUCUUAGGCCAAACUUUAUAUCAACUUUUGGUAUGGCUACAGAUCAAGCAAGCAAACUGGGUCUAGGGAGAAAUAAAACUAUUAUAUCAAUGUAUUCGAGUUAUCAAGUGAUUCAAAUGAAUAAGCUUCCACUUGUAAUCACAUUCAUUGGUAGUGAUAACUGUAAUACAGGGCAUAUAUUAUCACUGGAAAGUCAAAUAGAACCUUUCCUCAAGGAUCUAGAAAGUAUAGUUGCCGAUGCCCCUUAA